CAGCACAAGAAAAGGGUGGACUGAGAUUCAACUAAAUAUUGAAUGUAGGGUGUGAAUCACAACUUUGGAGUCAUAGUUUUUUUUUAACUUUCCUACAAACUCUUUUUCCCACAGAGUUUUCGCGACCAUUAUAUCCAUCUCUCUGAGCAGUAAUCAAUUGAGAAAUACUCAAUCUGUUCUUUCCGGAGUUAGUUGAGCCCCCUUGUAAUUACUUUCUUCCCUUCUUCUUUAUUCGUUGUCUCUUAGGGGUCAAGUUUGGGACGAAUCUAUAAAACUCUUAAACUCGCAAAGGGGAAAGUGCUCAAGAUGCUUCGUUCAAUGCCCGCCAGACGUGCUAUUCGCACAAUUGGCUGUAAUGCGAGAUGGAUGGAGGUUGCUGGUGCGAGGGGCCUGUCGAAUCGUGUGAAGGCGGCGGGUGGUAUUAUGGUGGAAAAGAAAGGCACAAGAGGGCAGGCUACUGCUGCCCCUCAGGUUUCUAGGUAUGGCUUCCUCUUACUUUCCUAUAUCUGCGGAGGGUUUUCUGCAGGUUGGAGCUUCACCGUCAAUCAGGAGUUUGAAUGAAAGUGAGUCAUUGGGAUGAGAGUCAGUUGGCUGACAUGUGAAUUUAGUCAAGCUAGAGAAAGUCCAAGUCCGGCAUUCAACAAUCAACCUUCGAGUUCGCGCAAGGAAUUGACGGGACACGGACAUAAAUACUCGGAGAUGGAUGAGUCGUAUGUUGUGCACUUUAUUCGGCGAGGUGGGCACAACACGGUGCUAAUUAUAGUAUAGAUUUAUUGGGAUGACAGGUGGAGAGAUCUUCCAUGAAAUGAUGUUACGGCAAGAUGUUAAACAUAUCUGUAAGUUUGCUACUCUGGCUUUCAAAGAUUUGAGCUGACGAGGAAACAGUUGGUUAUGCAGGAGGAGCCAUUUUACCAGUAUUCGAUGCGAUCUACAACUCGAAACAUUUCGAAUUUAUUUUACCAAAACAUGAGCAAGGUGCUGGACAUAUGGCGGAAGGAUAUGCUAGAGCUUGUGGUAAACCUGGUGUUGUUCUCGUUACAUCUGGACCUGGUGCUACCAACGUUAUUACCCCAAUGCAGGACGCUUUAUCUGAUGGAACUCCAAUGGUUGUUUUCACCGGACAAGUCGUUACAACUGCUAUAGGAAGUGACGCUUUUCAAGAGGCUGAUAUUAUUGGUAUCUCAAGAGCUUGCACAAAAUGGAACGUCAUGGUUAAGAACAUUGCCGAGCUUCCAAGAAGAAUUAAGGAGGCAUUCGAAAUCGCUACUUCCGGAAGGCCUGGACCAGUUUUGGUAGAUUUACCAAAGGAUGUUACUGCCGGUAUCCUCCGAAAAGCUAUUCCUAGCCACCACAUUAUGCCAUCUCUACCCAGUCAGGCCUCAAGAGCAGCACAAGCUAUUCAAAAGAAGCAGCUUCAAGCUUCAAUUGACCGUGUUGCAAAACUGAUCAACAUUGCCAAGAAGCCAAUUAUUUAUGCUGGUCAAGGUGUCAUCUCCCUUCCAGAAGGUCCUAAAUUGCUCAAAGAGCUUGCCGACAAAGCAUCUAUCCCUGUCACAACAACUCUUCAAGGUCUCGGUGGAUUUGAUGAGCUUGAUGAGAAGUCUUUACACAUGCUUGGAAUGCACGGUUCGGCAUAUGCAAACCUUUCCAUGCAAGAAGCCGAUCUUAUUAUUGCUCUUGGAGCACGUUUCGAUGAUCGUGUGACUGGAAGCAUUCCAAAGUUCGCACCAGCAGCAAAGGCAGCAGCUGCUGAAGGUCGUGGAGGUAUUGUUCACUUCGAAAUUAUGCCAAAGAACAUCAACAAGGUUGUUCAGGCUACCGAGGCAGUUGAGGGUGACGUUGUUACCAAUCUUGCUCAACUUCUUCCAGCUGUUGAGAAGAAAUCUAUGGAUGAACGCAAAGAAUGGUUCGACCAAAUUAGAUUCUGGAAGGAAAAAUUCCCUCUCUCUCACUAUGAAAAGGCUGAACCAGGUGGUCUCAUUAAGCCACAAACUGUGAUUGAGGAACUCUCAAAUUUGACAGCCGAUAGAAAACACGAGACCAUCAUUGCUACAGGUGUUGGUCAACAUCAAAUGUGGACUGCACAACAUUUCAGAUGGAGACAUCCAAGAACUAUGAUCACAUCUGGUGGUCUUGGUACUAUGGGUUAUGGUCUUCCAGCAGCUAUCGGUGCAAAGGUUGCGAAACCUGAUGCUCUUGUCAUCGAUAUUGACGGAGAUGCAUCCUUCAAUAUGACACUUACUGAGCUCUCCACCGCAUCUCAAUUCAACAUCGGCGUCAAGGUCAUUGUCCUUAAUAACGAGGAACAAGGAAUGGUCACUCAAUGGCAAAACAUCUUUUACCAAGAUAGAUAUGCUCAUACCCACAGCACUAACCCAGAUUUCAUGAAAUUGGCGGAUUCAAUGGGUGUACAGCAUCGCCGGUGUAUCAAGCCAGAUGACGUUAGGGAUUCUUUGAAAUGGUUGAUUGACAGUGAUGGACCAGCACUUUUGGAAGUUGUUACCGAUAAGAAGGUACCUGUCUUACCGAUGGUACCGGCUGGAAAUGCUCUACAUGAUUUCUUGGUUUAUGAUCCAGGUUCGUACUCACUAUUCUAAUCCUCGAUUUAUGAUUCUUCUACAAAUUGUACCGAUACUGAUAAUUUCAAUAGUGAAAGACAAGGAGAGAAGAAAGAUGAUAAAAGAGAGGACCUGUGGUUUACAUGGAUAAAAACCUGGUUUCUCUUUUCUUGUAAUCUUUUCCUUUUUAAAAAUACCUUUUUGCUUUGAGUUUUUACACAAAUGAUGGCAUCUGCUAAAAUUGCGUUCUGGGCGUCUUAUUCUUUUUGCUGGCAUGCAUGAUGGGCGGAAAAUUUCGAGGAAUGCAAAAAUCUUUUCAUCUCGUCUUGUUGAGUCGAACGGUUCUGGUUUUAGCCUGGCUUUCAAAUUCCUUCUUGGAAAUUGUAUGGAAGAAUGGAAAACUGGGAGGAGAUUGAGUGGAAAUUGUUGGGCGUGGGGAUGUUUGCGGUUGGCAGUGAACUAGGGAAUCAAGUCCGGAGGUAAAUAAAAGAAGAAUUAACUAGUGAAAGAUUAGUGUAUGUAUAUAGGAAGGAUAGUAAUGGACAGAUGGAUGGAUAGGUAAGAUGGAUGGAUGGAUGGACAUGAACGAAUUGAUGGUUACGAGUAUUUCUACUUGGAAUUAGGGUUUUCUUUUUGAGGAUGUGAAGUGAUGGGUAAAUGAUUGAUUUGAUUCAUGAAUUAAUUGGUAAGGUGACAUGGCAUGACAUCUAACAUGAACUUGGGCUUUGACACGAUAUAUUUGUGUGCAACUUUGCGUUAUUGUAAGAUCUUAUAACUUGGGAUGGAUUGUUACGAAAAGGAGGGAGAGUGGAGAAGAAGG